AUGGAGCCUCGGAUGAUCAGAAAUACAAUUACUGGAAAGUCCGAUUGGCAACACCUUGUUUACUCGCCUAAGACCAACAGUUUUGAGUUGUCACUCGUGGUGGACGUUGCUAAUGGUGGCCGCGGCAUCGGCAGAAGUUCCAACCGGCGGAUCCCUAGUCGACACAUCCAUCCGCGUCUUCCACGCCAACAAACCUAUACAUUUGCGGAGAUGGCGGAGAUAGAGGAUAAAAACUGGAGAGUCCCAAUUCCCCGUUCGGUUUUCAUGCUCUACCCACAGGCGCUGGACAUUAAACAGGUGGUGGCAAAUAUAACGAACUACCGUCCCAUAACAGAGGUACUUGUCGUUUUGUAAUAUAUGUCGUAUGAGGCGUUUAGUCUACGCCCUAACUCUUAUUCAAGUUUUAUUUGAACGCAAGUUGCAUUCAAACAUAUUCGGAUCAUACGAUUAUGUAUAUGUGGGUGCCCGUAACUAAAUAUUCUGAUGCGAGUUUACCAGGCCGCAUGAAUUUCACUGGUAAAAACCAUUAUAUAUCUUAGACGUAUUUUUUUCAUUGUUACCUGAUGCAUGUGGACGUUGAUUUUUAAGCUACGUCUUCUUUUAAAUCACAGCUACAUUAACGGUUUAACCUGACCUUAUAUUAAUCCUACGUAGGAGUGUUUUUAAGACGUUAUCGGAAGUGUUGAUAUUUUGUAACUUUACCUGGAUUCCUCAUGCUGUCUGUAGAGUUGGUUGCGCGCCGCACGAUGGUCAUAAGAUGGUUUCCUGUUAGUGAUUCAAAGGUGCAAAGCCGUUUGACGUUGAAGAGUUAUUAAAUGCCGGUUUUGAAACGUUUGGCGCGGGGGAUUGAUGGUUGUUAAAUGGAGAGAAUUUCGUAAAGUGAAUGAUUUUCAUUCAGAUUCACAAACUAAAACGAAAUAAGCCUCAGCGUUGUCCACGUAGAAGGAAAGAUAUAGAUUGGGUUAACAAUAGCAUUAUACGCAAACGAUCUAACUUAAUUAAAUGUCUGAUUAAUUGACCAAUUAAUCAACGCUUAAUUGAAUGUUUGGCAGAUAUAUGCGGUUGGAUAUAUGUCCAGCAAAGGUCCAACACCAUGAGUUUUAUGACGUAUUAAGCAGUGAUGCCGCCUUUCAGUUAGAAAUGCGACAUCGAGUUAGCUUACUCCUUUGGAGGAAAUGCUCCGAAUUCUAUCGUGGGAUGGUAGAGUCAGAUAAAUUAGUAUCGAAUUCCCACUUUCGUCCUUAAAAUGAAGGAGUAUUAAUAGAAUGAAGAUAAGGCGGCAUUUUUUUAAAAAAAACUGGCCUUCUUAAAAUAAGCGCAUAUUUUGAUUUCGAUAUAUCAUAUACUAAUAUCAUAUAAAGACGGCCAGCCGGAAAUGAAGUCAGAGUAACCUGGAAUGUCUAUCGAUAAAUUGGCAGCCCGUGGCUUUGGACAAUAAUUUGAAAAUCAGCACAAUCGACCGUGCAUCAGGCAAUGGGGUGGUUUUUUACAUUUGACUUGGUUUUCACAAUUGCAAAUAGUCUUUACAUUUAAGAAUCUCCUGUGACACGGGAACCUACCUGAUGUAGACAUGUGCGGAAACGUUGAUACAUUUGUUUCCUUUGGUUCAGUCUAAUUUUAAAGGGAACGGUGGAACGCAGAUAGCAAAAUUAAUGUUCCCAGGCGAAAAUACACAGUAGGUUGGUUAACUCAUUUCAUGAGUUAACCCAUCUUCUCUAUAUUAAUCGAAAAACUGGCAUCCCGAGAAAUUGACUAAGAAGGAUGGAGUUCUUUGGUAAACAGAAACGUUACUUUAUUAAUUUUCGAGACUGGUUCUCCAGCUCGUAUUCAAACUAUGGAAGUGAAAAAGCAAUUAGCUUCUAACCUGAUUGUGGCCAAUGACUACAUGAUUGUCUUAAAUCCGAGCCAAUGUGGGUUAAUUGCAAUUUGUCAUCCUCUCUGGAUUGAUUGGGCCGCUUUGAAUUUGUCUUUAACGAUUUUGUAUGUGGCAUCCAGACCGAUAUGUCGGUUAAUGCAUGCUUCGUGUGAGUUCACUGCUUGCCACUGACUGAGUGUUUCGGUCAACGAAACCUGACAGCGCAAACGCACCGAAUAAGUAACCGAUUCCAACAUCCCAAUUUUUUGCUGUUUAUCCCCAUCAGACAGCAGAGGUUCUCAAGUUUUUUUUACACACUUGGAGAUGAAGCGGAGCUGGGAAAAAGGUGCAUGAAAUCAAGUGUUAGGAAAUCAGCAGAUAACAUGUAGAACUAGACUAGACUGGUUAUUCCAACAAAAAAAACUUGUGGCAAGUACGGCGAAUCCCAUUUUGAAAUAGACUACUGGGAUUGAUAUCACGAAGCUGAACGAUAAAUAAUGUGCUCUACGAGCCAUUUAACAUCAUUGGGACGUCUGUCGAAGCCAGAAAGUCAUACUUAGAAUUCAGGCUCAAUCACCAUUUGCAGACAAACGAUAUCCAUGAGGAUAUGGGGCAACAUAAUGACAAUUUCUGACUGAUUGGCCACAAUCGGCCAGCCAUAAAUAACUUCACUAUUUAACGUAGACGUAAUGCCUGCGACUAUUUGUUACAAAUCAAGUAGUACGAGCGAAUAACCAAUCAUUUAGCUGAAUCGCCUCCUCCUUCGUUACAGGCACCAAUAUUCAAUCAGACAAUCAGAUUCCUGAAAGUCAGCUCAACUGUCUGCGUGCCGGGAAAACCAGUCGAUAGGAAUCUGGAUGCUAUUGUGAUCGUCAAGUCUGCUGUCUACAAUUUUGCAGAUCGUAAUCGUUUACGGAGUGCUUUUGGUAAGGAAAAACAGCGUGAGCCUGAAUUCCGCAUGGCUAUGGUCUUCUCCGUGGGACUACCCCGCAGCAGCGGAGGUCGGUUCUUCCAACGUGACGGCUUUAACAUCUCACUGCCAGAUCGGGCAGGUGAGGCCAUGGAGGAGAUGCAAACGAAGAGGACAGAAGUUCUGAGAAAUCUGACAGAAGAAGCUAGAAUCAACGGUGACCUUGUAGUGGGUGACUACGAGGACACCUACUAUAACCUCAGCCUCAAAUUAUUCCACACAUACCAAUGGGCCUCUUGCUUCUGUCGGCCGCAUUUCACCUCCCAACAACGACCUCCUGUCUUAAUCUUCCUAGAUGAUGACUUUGCUUUCAAUGCAAGGCGUAUGAAGGUCGAAUUGGGGGCCCUCACGGACGCGCAGAUACGACGAGUGAUUUGGGGCUUGCCGCGUAAUCACUCACCAGCAGUUCGGCAUUCGGACUCAAAGCGCUGGGAAAAGUGGUCCGUCUCCAAACGUGAGAUGCCCUGGCCUUACUACCCGCAUUUAGCCCCCGGCUGUUUUACCGUCAUUGGCGCUGAUGUUCUCCAGGAAAUUGCUCUGGCCAUGUAUUUCACCCUGCAGUUUCCACUAGACGAUGCCUGGUUAGGCAUGGUCAUGACAAAGUUAGAUCUCCAAUUUCAAUUUCAUCCGCGCAUGUACAACAAAUGGCCUAGGGGUGUUAGAAAGAAUUCGGUUCUGUUUGCACCCCUAGACUACCUCCUUACUUCAAAAUGA